AUGUUUGUGACGACAGCAAGGCUGUCGGCUGCGCCCCCGGCGUUCAGCGCGCUUCACAAGCAGUAUGUGAUGGGUCUGUACCGUCGUUUCCUCCGUGAUUCCCUCAACUGGCACAUUCGCCGUGACACUUGGCGCAAGGAUGCCGUUCGGAUUCGUGCCGAGUUUGAGGUGAACCGCAACGUGAGGAACCCUCGUGAACUCGCCAACAUCUUGAACCGUGCUGAGGAGCAGCUCGCUAGCCGUCAGCACCCUGAUCCAUACAAGCCUCCGACGUAUGUGGGUGGUACGAAGUGGGAGCGCAAUUUGCCUCCGCGCAUGUUUACCGACAAAGAGAAGGCCGAGUCGCUCAAGGACCAGCGUGUUUAA